AUGAAUAAUUGCAAAUGGUAUUUGUUUCUUAUUGAUCACGUUAAAAUUAAACUAUUCUACAGUAUUAUUGGCUUUAUUGGCAGAGAAUGUCAAGUUGAUUUUGAUCAUCAUAACUUUCUUGGGCCUUCCAAAGUAUUGAAUAAUAUUAAUUUAUAUGUUGGUUUAUGUUUAAUUUAUAAUAUAUUAUUGAAAAUAAAAACGGAAAUGAGACUGCUUAUAGGAUUAGCUUUCAUUACAAUUAUCUUUUGCUAGUAAUAACAUAAAUUCAAUCCUGAAUUUUUAAAUUUGAUAAGCACUGGAACUGGAUUAGGGACUGCAAGAGAUGCUAUUUAAGCAGUAUUGCAAUUAUUGGAGGACCUUAAAAAUGCUAAUGAAGAAUUAGAUAGAAAAGCAGACAAAGCAUUCUAAGAAUAUGAAGGUGGUGUAUUGAAUGAUUGUGCAGCGUUUACUGGUAUUAUGAAGGAGAAUAAUGAAUCUUUGCAAAAGAAUUCAGAAGACUUAGAAGCAGUAGAUGAUAAAAUUGCUUAAACUACAGAUUAUUUGAAUUGGAAUGAGAAGAGAAGAAAGUCAAACGAUAUGAAAUUAGAAGAUCUGGCUGAAUAGAGAUGUGAAGCCAAUUCAUUAUUUAUUGAUGCAUUAAGAGAUUAUAGAGAGGCAUUAAAUGUUUUAGAGUGGGUUAAUGGGGAUCUUCAACUCAAAGAAUAAAAUGCAUUCAUAUAAAAGGAGGAGGCUUAAGAAUAUACUUCUAAGUUGUCACUCUACACUAAUAUGAUAGACCACAAAGAAGUGUUUUCUUAAGUAGAGGUUUCAUAAGAGGAUCAAGCAGCUUAAGUGGUUUCAGAAAUUGUAGGAAAAGUUCAAGGAUUGAUUUCUAAAAUAUAAGAACAUAUUAAAACAUUAGAAGAACAAGAGAUUACAUCAGCUAAUGAUUUUGUAGAUUAUAGGAGAAAUCUAUUAAAUGAACAGGUGCUGUUAAAAUAAGAAUAUGAUAGCAGAUUAAAAUUUUUAAAUAGUCUAGAAGAUGACAAGGAAUUAGCCCAAGAUGUUGUAAGUUAAUGCGAGAAAAUAUUAGGAAAUACAUAAAGAAUCUUACAAUAAACUUAAAAUGCUUAUAACUAAUAAAAGGCGAAAUAUGUGAUGGAAAAAUAAAAGAGACACGAAGAAAACUAGAUUAUCAUUGAAAUUAUGAUGCUUUAUCAUUAAAAAAUAGCUUAGGCAGAGGAAUUUUUGUAAAAAAAAGGAGUUUGAUUAUAUCAAUACUCUUUAUAUCUACAUUAACUCAAAAUUUAAU